AUGGAGGUCGCAAACGGAGCUGCGCAGGCCGCGGCCGCGGCGUCCUCGUCGGCCAACACCAACGGCGAUGCCGCCGCCGCCCCUUCGAACCCGGACGAGUUCAAGCUCAAGUUCUGCACCGUCUGCGCGAGCAACCAGAACAGAUCAAUGGUCUCCCACCUCCGCCUCGCAAACGCAAACUACCCCGUCAUCUCCUUCGGCACCGGCUCCCUCGUCCGCCUCCCGGGCCCCUCCAUCACCCAGCCCAACGUCUACCACUUCAACAAGACCUCGUACGACUCCAUCUUCAAGGAGCUCGAGUCGAAAGACCCCCGCCUCUACCGCCUCAACGGCGUCCUCGGCAUGGUCGACCGCAACCGCCACGUCAAGUGGGGCCCCGAGCGCUGGCAGGACUGGCAGGUCGGCAUGCCGCGCCUCCAGCACGCCGACGACCGCGGCAGCGUCGGCGUCGAGGGCGGCGUCGUCGACGUCGUCGUCACCUGCGAGGAGCGCUGCUGGGACGCCGUCGUCGACGACCUCAUGAGCCGCGGCAGCCCCCUCAACAGGCCCGUCCACGUCAUCAACGUCGACAUCAAGGACAACCACGAGGAGGCCAGCGUCGGCGGCCGCGCCAUCCUCGACCUCGCCAACAGCCUCAACGAGGCCGCCAAGAAGGAGCGCGAGGCCGUCGGCGCAGAGGUCUUCGACGCCGGGAGCGCCUCCGCCAGGGCCAGCUUCGACGAGAAGGUCCCCGAGAUCCUCGCCGAGUGGCAGGACCGCUGGCCGCACCUGCCCGCCGUGUGGACGCUGGCCUGGUUUUGA